AUUUCAACGAAGAGCUCUACAAAGGCAUUAGAGUCAAAGUAAAAAUCCACGCCGGCUAAAAAAUAAGAUUGUUUCUAGAUAGUCAUUCAAGAUGCAGACGCCUAGAACUUUAUUUCGACUGCAUAAAUCAUUUAGUUGUUGCAGAAGGUAUCGCAUUAAUUUCAAUGUUACAUUUUUAAAAUAUCUGAUUAGCUAUAUCUGCUAGUAUCGGCGUCUUAGUCUUCGUCCUUACUCCUCAAAACACACUUGUUUUUGACUUAUUAAAGUUAUUAAUUUUAUAUAUUAUAUUCAAUUACUGUCAGUUACACAACACUGCACUCACAACUCUUAGUCUUAGGGUAUAUUAUUUACAUCAAAUCACUUUUGUUACCAGUACACAGUUAGUGGGCUCUACUCUUCUACUUCUAGCUAGUACUAGUCACUAGUAAAAUAAAAUACAAUUAUUUGUUUAUUAUUAUUUUAAUUUUAGACGUAAAAUUAUUUAGGCUGGGUCUACAUUCCUACAUAUUAAAUUUUAUUAAAAUUAAAGCCUAAUAGUAAUACUAAUUAAACUUUUUUAACUUAUUAAACUAAUUUAUAGAAGGUUGAAUUACUUGAAUCAGUAGUCAGCAGGAGUCGGAGAACUGAGUUGUUAUUUUGACCAAGGCUUGACUUGCUCUCUCUUUUGUUUGAGGAAGAGUUGCAUAAUUUGCCAGCGUCACUCUCUCAUCCUUGGCCUGGACCAGUUGAUCCAAUGACAAGACUUUGUCAAUAAUGGAAAUAGAACAGUCUGUGCGUUCCUCUUGGCAGGAUUUGCCGGAAUUUUUAUUGUGUCACUGUCAUACCAUCUACGGGACUCGUCCUUGUUUGAAUUCAGAGUUUGACUUCUUUUAGAUUGGUUGCCAACCAAGGUUAAUGAUUGGCAUCCAUCCACUGAGUAACAUAGCAGUGGCCCCACUUAGCCUACUAAAAGCUACAACUCCCAGUACUAUUACUUAAUUUAAUUUUUUAUUUUUAUUUUCUACUGCUACUGGUACACAUUUCUAAAAUCUUAAAAAUCAAAAUUUAUACAGGGCACACUAAUGUCUUUCACACUGAUUUUUGCACGAUCCAUGGUACUGAGCAACUGCUGAAAUAAGGAGUCGCAGAUAGAAUUAAAAUUAUCUGAGCUUUACCACUCUUUUUCUAAUACUGGUAUUCAAAAUGCAGUUAAUUCCAUACUUCUCAAAUUUCUUUUCAACUUAUUCAACAUAUAGUCGCAAGACUGAUCAAUAUAAUUCUAUGCCUCUGGGUAGAUUUAGAUGGAAUACUGGCAUUUAUGAAUGAAUCUUGAAUCUAUGCAAAUUAAGAGAUAUUUUAAUUUUGUAAUCAAUAAUCUUAAUUAUUGUCCAGCACCAUCUAAUAAGCAUUUGAAGAGGCUUCUGCAAUUUACUGCAAACAGAAACAUUACUAAAUGAGUUACUGGUUUGAUUCAUGUCUACUAGAUGUUGUGCCCAUUGAAUCAAAAAAGGAAGAUAAAUUUUGAAAAUGUGUACUAGUACGUGGUGCCCCUUGAGGAAUUUGGCCCUUCAACUUACACUUACAGCUUGAUGACAUUAAUGAGGAAGUCAUUGUUGGAUCUAGGCAUUGUCAGUCAGGAAGGGUAGUGAUAAAUAUGUCAAUUUAUGUGUAUUUAUUUGUCAAGUAAACCCCCCCCCCCAAUUGCCCAGCACACCACCCACUUCCCAAUUCAUUAAAAAUUUUUGUGUAUUGUUUCGUAUUUUUUGGUCACGAUGGACGGCAAUAUAAAAGUGCCGGGGGGGGGGGGGNGGGGGGGGGGGGGGUAAAUAAUAUUAAGAACUGCAUGUUAUACAUGUAGAAUAGCUCAUUUGAUGUUUUUAAAUAGUAAUGACCCUUUAUGUUCCAUCCCUAUUUUAAAAAAAAUAUUUAAUUUACAUUACAUUAUCUUUAUUUCCAGGAUAGCUGCUAAUCAAGACAAUCACCCAAUAUUUACUGUAGCACUUGCACAUCGGCUUUCAUUGCAAAGAUGCAGAUCCACUUCUACAGAUGUCGUUCCUCCACCAUCCGCAAAUAUUGCUGUGAAGAGCUAUUCACCCAAAAUUGAGAAAUUGGUCAAUGACAUUGGUCAGCUGACAUUACUAGAAGUAUCCGACCUAAAUGAGCUGCUGAAGGUAAGUGAUUAAGCUAAUCAUUCUUAAAUUCGUUAGACACAGAAUAUGAAAAUGUGAUUUUUAAUUUUAGACUUUACAGUUUUUAAAAAUCAGUUUUGUUGUACAAUUUUUACAAAAAAGUUACAAAUUGAACUUGUUCACAGAGAACUCUCAAUAUUCAAGAUGCUCCAAUUAUGUCGAUGGGGGCUAUGCAAGCAGUUGGCCAGAAGGUAAAAAAAUUCUCACUUCUGUCGUACUAUUUUUCGGGAGGUAAUAGAAAUUAUUUUUAUUAACUGUUAACUGGCUUAUUAAAGUUAUUGCUUUCGAUCGAAAUGAAAAUGUUAAAAAUGUUCCUAGCAGGCUCCAGAAGAGGAAGAAGUGGCUCCAAAACGAGAAAAGAUGAGCUUCACAGUCAAGUUGACCAAAUUUGAUGCAGGAAAGAAAGUUCAAUUAAUUAAAGAAAUAAAGAAUCUAGUGGAAGGACUCAAUCUUGUUCAGGUACUAUUAAUUUUAAUCCAAUAAGUAUUGAUGUGUACUGUUAGGAACUAUUUUUCUUCUUGUUUCAUCCUCUAUCUGAAAGCACUUCAGUUGGAGACCCUGUACGAAGUAAACAUCUCUUUGAAAAUCACUUGGUACAGCUUUUCUAUUCCUUCAGUUGAUUGGCUGUGCUGGGCUUUUAGUAAUAGUGAUUUGCCCUUUGCUGAAUCUAGAUUUUUUGUCAAAUUCCAACAAAUACAUUGAGAUAUAGCUAAUAACUUGCUAAAGGUUUGGUGGAAAUAAAUAAAACAUGUACCUAACUUAAAAUUACUUAGUACAAAGUAAUAUUCAACUAAUUUAAAUAAAUAUAACUAAGAAAGAGCCUUCUGCAAACAGUGAAUUCUUAGUGAGUUGCUGAUUAGUGUCAGGUGCACUAGAUGUUGCAUCUUAUCACAUUGAAAUGAGAAAAAAAGUAACAAAAUUUUGUAUUAUUUUGCAGUGCUCUUGUGAGGAAGCCAUCAACAAUUUCAGCCUCAUUUUUAAAUGUAAAACAUUUUUCUCCUAGGCCAAAAAGUUUGUUGAGGCAGUACCCCAAGUUGUGAAAGCUGAUGUUACUAAAGAAGAAGCUGAAAAAUUAAAGGAAGCGUUGGCCGCAGUAGGAGCAGAAGUCGAGAUUGAAUGAGGGAGAUGUUAAUGGGGGGGGUAAAUGGAUAAAUGUGGACUGUCAAAAUGAGAUGUUUGUAGUAACAGUUUUUUUUUUUAAUAAUAAAAAAAAUUCAAUAAUGUAAAUAUUUGCAAGUUCUGUCUUUGAUUAUAAAU